UAUACGCAAUACGAAAUACCAGAGAAAGAUUGAUGAUAGCCAUCGACUAUAUAAACUACUGCGAACUGUUAGUGAAUUAGUACUUGACUGGCUGUAAACAGUAUCGAUUGAAUCUUUUAUUAUUAAACAGUUAAUCAUGACAAAAUACAUAUCGUUCUUUGUACUUUGUGUCGUGGCUACGGUAGUCACCCAAGUAUUAUGUGGAGAAGAAGAGCAAAAAUUCGGUCACCAUCAUUACGAACCAUCUCAUAAGUAUGAGCAUUAUGAACCACAUAAAUAUGAACAUCACAAACCACACCACGAACAUUAUCCACCUCCUCCUCCUCAUCACCACCAUGAACCCGAACACCAUCAUCAUCAUCCUCCUCCUCCUCCACCUCCUCCUCAUCACCACCAUAAACCUGAAUACCAUCAUCAUCAUCAUCCUCCUCCUCCUCAUAAAUAUGUUCACCAUGGCUCUCACUACUAGUCAAUAUUUUAAUUGUAAUAUAAUCAAACGUUUGUCUUUUUUCUUCAAAUAUUUUGUUUAUUGAAACAAAAAUCAAAAUGUAAAUGUUUAAUAACAAUUUUACAAAAUUAAUUUUUGUAAUGUAUUACUAUAUGAUUAAAUUUUGAUAUUCAAUAAAACCAUUCAAAAAACA